AUGGAUACUCAGGACGACAAAGAAGAUUCUCUCAUACAUGGUAAAAAGACGCGAGUUACCGAGAAUGAAGAAUCUGGAAUCGAGCAAGUAGUCAUUGCGGCUGUCUUCGUCCUCACACUGGUCGGUGGAGCUAUAUUCUGGCUCAGACGCCGCUCAAAGCGAACAAAGGACAACCAAACGAGCCAGAUAGUGCAAGAUCGCAUCGAGAAGGACGUCUUUUCUGCGGAAGUCCCUGAACUAGAUCACGAAGAAACUGCUGUCCGGGAGCUUGACGGGUGGCAUGGUUAUAAGUCCGAGCUCCAGGUCAACGACGCGAGCUCAGGACGGCAUGAACUACCUACCCCUGUAAAGAUUCAAGAGAUAGGAGGUGAUGGCGCCGUAGAACUCGAGGCGCCUCUCAGAUGA